AUAGACCUUAAGAACACACAAAGCUCUGCAUCUGAGAAAACGAGAGAUCGAUAAUGGCUGGAGCAAUGUCGAAUGUAUUGGUCAUGGUUGCAGUAGCUAUAAUAAUGGUAUCGAAUGGUGUUGUUGCGGAAACACACAUUGUGGGAGAUAAGAGUGGAUGGACUGUACCAUCUCCAGCCACUUUGUAUAGCACUUGGGCUGCCAAACAAGAAUUUGCUAUUGGUGACAUUCUAGCUUUCCAAUUUGCUGCUCCUCACAAUGUGGCCGAGGUAACAAAGGAAGGUUAUGAAGCAUGUGAUCCAGGGAAUGCCGAGGUUUUCGCCAUUGGCCCGAAAGAGAUAACACUUAACACAACAGGACCACACUACUUCAUAUGCACAUUUGCUUCUCAUUGUGUUGGUGGUCAGAAACUUGUUGUUACGGUUGGCAGCACCUCUGACUCAUCAGACGCUGCUCCCGGUCCCAGCACUACUGCCUCUCCGAGCCCUGCACCCUCAGUGGCUCCACCACCACCGCCUUCCGACGUAGGAUCCUCACCACCUAUGUCUGUUACAUCCACCUUCUUCUCUGUUUCCUUCAUUGCCUCUAUUAUGGCUCUAUUAUUUUAAGCAUGAUCACCCCUAAACGUGUAUUAUUCUGAUUACUAUUUUGUUGUAUUUGAUUUAUUGCUAUUAUUUUUUUUCACAAAAUGUCAAAUUAAAGACUAUUACGAAGUAUUAAAUUUUGUUAUCAUGGUGAUUUUGUUAAAUGAGAACGAUGGAUUGACAUUCU